AUGACUAAUAUUUGGAAUAAAAAUGAAAUAAUCACUCCUAUGUCUGAGUACAAUUUACUCUAUGUAUACACCUUAUUUAAUCGUAGUAAUAUAACAAGCAUGUGAAUCAAGUCUAAAAUAUCAAAGAAUAGCCAAUGAAUGUAGAGAAACCAUUUCAUAAGAAAAAGCUCAAACCAUCUACAUCCAAAAAAUUACUUGAAAUCAAUCAUCCAGAAAAUACUGAAAAUAAAAUAUUGGUGUAAAAAAUCUUAACAAUUAAUAACCAACCUUCAGCCUAUGCUUUAAAUGAUGAUCUACCUAUUAAACCAUCUAAUUUAGGUUAGAAAAUAUUAGAAAUGAGAAAAUUAAUUGAAGAUAAUGAAGUAUUAAAUUAAAAUAACUUUAAGGGAAUUGAAAAGAGAAUUAAAUAGACAAACAGUGUUAUCAAUUUUGAUAAAAUAAAAUAAGAAUACAAGAAAAAUAAAAUAUAUUUAAAGAAUCUUACUGCAUGUUCUCGACGCAUCUAUAAUUGUUUUGUUCCAAGAGCUCAAGUUCCGGUAGAAGUUAAAAAGAAAAAGAAAGUUAAUGAAAAAAAAUAGCAGUUAUAAGAUUUAAAACGAUUGCAAUAACAAUAACCUGAAGAUGAUAAAGAGAAAAAGCAUGUUUAAUAAAUUGAGGAAUCAAAUGUUAAUGAAGUUUAGCAAAUGAAAAGCAAAUCAAACUUAGAUCAAGAUAAAUUAAUAUAUUAACUUAAUGAAUUAAAAUUAAAAGAAGACUG